AUGGCGGCGCCGCCGCCACCGGAUCCGGCGGUUCUGAUGGUCGAGCUCGUGGAAGAGUUCCUCCUCCGCCUGCCGCCGGAGGACCUCGCGCCGCCCUCAUUCCGUGAGUUCCACCGCUCGACACCAUUGCUGGGCUACAUCCUCAAUCUCGCCGACUCCAUCCGCUUCCUCCAUAUGUCAUCAUUUCGCCCGUCCCAUGCACACCGCGGCGGUGUGCGAGCGGUCAGCUCAAGCCAUGGUCGCGUCCUCCUCCAUCGUUCCGCUGGGGAGAAUCUGUAUGCCCUUCGUUCCACCGGGAAGGAUCCGGAUGUCCUCCUCUCCGUGUGGGAUCCCAUCACAGACGAGCAGCAGGACCUGCCCGUGGUGCCAGUGCGGCCGUCCCUAUGCCUCAGCAUGGCUAACUGGGAGGCAGUCCUCAUACGCGCCAAUGGCGAAGGCUGCAACCAUUUCAAGGUAGUCUUCGUGGGAAAACGUCGAGGGACGUUCUCUUGUUUCUACUCAUCCGAGGCUGAUAGCUGGAGUGAUACCGUCUUUGCUUCUGAGGGGAUCGGCUCUUUUAUCCCGGGAAACUGUGUCCUCAUUGAGAGUACCCUCUACUCCAAGUGUGCAGCUAGCUAUGAUAUCUUCAAAUACGACAUGCUGACAAAUCAAAUGUGUAAUAUUCGCGUAAGACUAGGACCUGGUGUCCGACUGGACGACUGUAUGCUUAUUGCUACGGAGGACGGUAGGCUAGGAGUUGCCAAGGCAAGCAAUUCAACACUCCUCCUGUGGACACAUGUUGGGUGUUUCACUAUCGAUCUGAAGUCUGGGAGUUGCAAGAAGGUAGGGGAGGACUUAGUCUCGGCUCGUGUUGUUCCCUACGUGAGCUUCUGCACUCCAGCACCGGGAGCAGUUUCCACAGAUGAGGUGCCAGUAGCUGAUAUUGCGGUCUCUACAGAUGAGGGACCAGGAGCUGGUGUUGCGGUCUUUGCUGAUGAAGGGCCAGCUGCUGGCAUGUGUCAAGUGCCUAAGAAGCUCAAAUUACAAGUGCAAGGGCCUCUAAAUCAAGAGGGAAAUUAA